AUGCCAUUUAUAUCUAUCAUCAAUGGAGCAAAGAAGGUGCUCACUGAUGCCUUUGGCUGCCCAAGAGUGACCGGGCACCUUCCUCUCCAAAGCUCCACCUUCUCCUGGAGGAAUGUAGCUUUCCUGCUGCUUCUCUCCUCUUUGGAGCAGACGUCUGCAUCACUGGUCAAGAAAAUCAAACGGAAACCAGGAGUGUGCCCUGAAGAGAGGCUCACCUGUACCACUGAAGUUCUGCACUCAUGCAAGACGGAUUUAUCCUGUGAGAAUCACCUGAAGUGCUGCUCUUUUGCCUGUGAGAAGAAGUGCAUGGAUCCCUAUGAAGAACCCUGCAUGCUACCCGUGAGUGAAGGAAACUGUAAGGAUCAUCUACAGCGCUGGUAUUUUGACUUUGAAAAUUAUGCUUGCACAUUAUUUAUAUACAGAGGCUGCAAUGGAAAUGCCAAUAAUUUCUUCAGCAAGGAUGACUGCAACAAGGCCUGCAUGUUAGUUGUCAAGAAAGGACAGUGCCCACUUUUCCCUUUCGAUGACCGUAUGGAAUGUCCAGCUUCAUGUAAGAGUGACAUUGAUUGUCCCAUGACAGACAAAUGCUGUGAAUCCAGAUGUGGCUUUAUUUGCGCCAGUGCCUGGACAGUCAAAAUAGGUUUCUGUCCACGCAAGCCUUUGGUGUGUGACAAGAUUAAUAAACCUAGCUGUCAACAGGAUGAUGAGUGUCCACUGGAGGAAAAGUGCUGCUCAUCUUGUGGACUGAAGUGCAUGGUACCCAAAACAUGA